UCCCUCUCUCAACAAUGUCUGACGAUGGAACCAUCACCCCCACCACCCCCUCCGUCACCUUCACCCAAAAUACCUCAGAAAAAAUCCAAUCCGCCGUCCAAUCUCUCUCCUCCAUUGUCAACCCAUCCCUCACCAUCAGCUCAACCACCACCCCUCUCUCAAUCCUCAACGAACCCGAAAUAUACUCCCAAAUUGUCACACUCCUCCAUAACCCUAACUCCGGCUCCGGCGAUAACAACCUAUGCCGUUGGCUCUAUGACACUUUCCAAUCCAACGUCCCUGAUCUCCAACUCAACGUCCUCCAUUUCCUCCCUGUUAUCGCCGGUGUUUACCUCUCUCGGGUUGCCGAUAGAAAACCACAAGCCGGUUUCGAAGCCGUUCUCUUAGCUCUCUACGCAUACGAAACAACCUCACGUGCAGGUGAAUCUGUUACGGUUACCAUCCCUGACAUGUCACACCCCAGUGUGUAUCAUGAAUCCAAAUCCACUAUAAACAAAAACAAUGCAACCGACUUAAACGUCGCUGUUUUAUCUUUGUCGCUUGAGCCGCACGGCACCGUUCGGUCAACACGAAGAGCACGAAUCGUCGGCGUUGCACUCGAGUUAUUCUACAGCAAGAUCUCGCAAAUUACAAUCGCGUCGAAGAUUGAUUUUUGUAAAUUUUGCAAGAUUUGGGCGGGUGAAGAUGGUGACAUGUAUAAGGAUUUCGAAGAUGAUGAUGAUCUUGAAGAUGAUGCUAAUGAUGAUGGUAAUGAUGAAACAGAAGAUGUUGUUGAAGUUUUAUAUGAGAGAAAAGAUAAAAGUGGUCAAGAGUUUAAUAAGAGGGGUAGGGUUUCAAUGCCAUGGGAAUUGUUGCAACCGGUUUUGAGAAUAUUGGGACAUUGUUUGUUGGGUCCUAAUAACAAGGAUACAAUGUUGUUUGAAGCAGCAAGUGAAGCAUGUAGGUGUCUAUUUGCUAGGGCAAUGCAUGAUGUUAAUCCAAAAGCCAUUUUGCCCAUGAGGAGUUUGUUGAGGCUUUCUAAAAAUGUUGUUGUUGAUGAAUUUGAUCCAACUGAACCACCCAAAACUGAUGUUAUUAGUCUUUAG